AGUUCCUCUUUGAAGCUGACAGUCGUGAAUGUUUCUGCUUGAUGUGUUCCGCGUACUGCUCUUGGGUGCGGGAAGCUCAGGCAAGCUCAGGAGUCCCGAAAUGGAUGUAGUGAACUAUGAUGAUGUGCAUGUGAACUUCACGUGGGAAGAGUGGGCUUUGCUGGAUCCCUCUCAGAAGAGUCUCUACAAAGAUGUGAUGCUGGAGACCUAUCGGAAUCUCGCUGCUAUAGGCUACAUUUGGAAAGACCAUAACACUGAAGGACAUUUUCUAAGUUCUGGAAGAGAUGGAAGGCACGAAAGAAGUUAUACUGAAGAGAAACUUUCUGAAUUUACGCAGUAUGAUAAAGACUUUGCAUAUCAGAGUCAUCCUCAAAGACAUGAAAGAAUUCAUUCUGGAGAGAAACCUUAUGAAGGUAUCCAAUAUUUUGAAGCCUUUGCACAUCACAGUAGUCUCCAAAUACAUAAAAGAACACAUAUUGUAGAGAAACCCUAUGAGUGUAACCAAUGUGGUAAAACCUUUGCAUAUCACAGUUAUCUUCAAAGGCAUGAGAGAAGUCAUACAGGAGAGAAACCUUAUCAAUGUAAUCAAUGCGGCAAAGCCUUUGGACGCCACAGUCAUCUUCAGAGGCAUGAAAGAAUUCACACAGGAGAAAAAAGCUAUGACUGUAAUCAAUGUGGUAAAACAUUUGUGCAUCACAGUCAUCUUCAAAUACAUAAAAGGACACAUAUUGGAGAGAAACCCUUUGAAUGUAACCAAUGUGGUAAAGCCUUUGCUCGAAACAGUCAUCUCUUAAUACAUAAAAGAAUACAUACUGGAGAGAAACCCUAUGCAUGUAAGCAAUGUGGUAAAGCCUUUGCAUAUCAAAGUGGUCUCCUAUAUCAUAAAAGAAGAUAUACUGUAGAGAAACCCUAUGAAUGUAGCCAAUGUGGUAAAGCCUUUGUAUGUCACAAUAGUCUCCAAGUGCACAAAAGAACACACACUGGAGAGAAGCCCUAUAAAUGUAACCAGUGUGGAAAAGCCUUUGGACGCUACAGUUCUCUUCAAAGGCAUGAGAGAAUUCACACAGGAGAGAAACCUUAUGAAUGUAAUCAGUGUGGUAAAGCCUUUGGACGUCACAGUUCUCUUCAAAGGCAUGAAAGAAUUCACACAGGACAGAAACCUGAUGAAUGUAGUCAAUGUUGUAAAGAGUAUGAAUGUUACAGUAGUCUCCGGAUACAUGAAACACCACAUACUGGAGAGAAACACUUUGAGUGUAACCAGUGUGAUAAAGGCUUUUCACAAAACAGUAAUAUCCAAAUACAUAAAAAUGAAAAUAUUGUGGAGAAACCCUAUUAGUGUAACCAAUGUGGUAAAGCCUUUACAUAUCAUGGUCACCUUUGAAUACAUAAAAAAUAACAUACUGCAGAGAAACCCUAUGAAUGUAGUCAAUGUGGUAAAGCCUUUGCAUGUCAGUAAUUUUCAAAGGCCUGAAAGAACCCACACUGUGAGUGUAUUUAAUAUGGUGAAGCCUUUGCUCAUUUCUAUAGCCUUCAUCAUCAUGAAAGAAUCCAUAUUGGAGAGAAACCCUGUGAAGGUAUUUAAUGUGCUAAAGCCUUUUCACAGUUCAUUAGUCCUGAUAAUCAUGAAAUAAUUCAUACCAGAGAGAAACCUUAUGAAUAUAUUUAAUAUGGCAAAGCCUUUCGUGAAAGCAUUCAUACUGGAGAGAAAUUCUGUGAGUGUAAGCAACGUGGUAAAGCCUUUGUGUUAUGGGGUUCUCUGAGAUCAACAAAACUCAAACUCAGGUAAUGCAAGUGAUAAGAACUUAUACAAUCAAGCUGCUACUUAUGGAUCAGGGUCAGAGAACAUACUUGGAAGCUGAGCUGUCACAUGUUGCCCAUCCACCUCUCCACUCAGAGCAAGUAUGGUAUAGAGCUUUUAAGUUUGAAAACCAGAAAUAUCUGUGCCAAGUUACAGCUCCAUUUUGUUUUCCAUCAAUCAGGAUUUAGUGAUAAGGGCUUUCCUUAUCUAGUUGGUCUAUGUCAAUUGAUAUAGUCUAACUAAUCAUAUCCAUUUAUUCUUUUGUGGUUAGGAAUGGCCAUUAUGGUUUGAGGAACAAAAGAUGAAUAACAGAAGCCGUGGUUAGGGACAGUCAAUAUAUUUUCAUGGGCAUGUAUGAAUAAUGGAAGCUGGUCUGCUAUUGGGAAGGCCCCAGGUACCACAGGGCCAGGGAACUUGAACUUAAGUGUACCGUAUGAUUAAAUGGAGGCUGAUAACAAAAAAUGCAAUACCUCGGACAGGUUUCUUUUACUUGUUUCCAACAGUUGCAUAUCAAAGGCACUUAUUUGAAUACUUAAAAGUAUUCCCUGGAGUGAAACUUUAAGUUGUAAUCAACAUGAUAAAGCUGUUUUACCACACAGGUAUGUACAUAAAAGUACACAUGUUGGAGAGAAAUCCUAUGAAUAUGCAAUGUGGUAAAUCCUUUGUAUGUAACAAUAGUCUUAAAAAUCAUGACUAAACGACAUAUUGCAAAGGAACCCAUAAAUGUACUCAGGAUGGUAAUAUUUGCACUUGAUAGUAUCUUUAUACAAUAGUAAACCUUUAGAGUAUAAUUAAUCUUGAAAGCUUUUGCAUAUCACAGUAGUCUUUGAGGACCUUAAAGAACUGAUACCGAAGAGAAUCUAUGACUAAGGAUUUGCUAAGAUCUGUAGCUAACACCCUUACAUUCAGUCAGGUGCAACAUGGUUGUGACUAUGGCUGCAUGACACAGUUUCAGCUGCGGGAGCGUUUUCAGUCUGAAUCAUGCACCUCUGGCUUUCUAGUACACAGAUGGCAUUGCUCUUUCUUGCGUGCUUGUCUGUUAUUGCACUUUUUCUAUGCCAUAUUUGUCCUCAGAUACAAAUCAGGUAAAAAAUUCUGGGAAAAGGAUUGAGGCCACUACUAGAGAAGGAAAUGACUCUGAUGUCUAUUAGGAACAAACUGUUCUAGCCCUGGCUAUUCAAGCAGUCAUUUCAGGCAUAAUGGGACAAGGGAUUGUAUGGAAGUUGACUGCCUUAAUUGUUCUCUGGGACAUUAUUGCCAACUUAUGAUGAUUAUGUUGUACCAGGAAAUAUUCGAAGCAGGAAAUGUUCUUGAGAAACCUGAAGGUUUAGUAGUUAAAAGAAAGAAGACCCCCAAGGAAAAGCAACAUUGUGCCUGAGUCACUGCGGACAGGGAUGGCCAUACAAUGAACAAGUUAGAGGAAGAAAAAAACUGGGUCUAGUGGAUAAGUGAGCAAUGGCGAGAGCCUCCACGAGAGGAGAUCUCUAAUAAUAGAAAGUUUGAUUUAGAAAUAUUAUUAAGGAAAAUUGGAAGAUACAUGUAUAAUACAAAACAUAAAAAGAGGAGUAGAAGUGUUUGGACCCCUCAAGCAGGUCAUUAGAUUAGUGAACUGACUUUCCUGGAAAGAUUGGAACAUAUUAAUUUGACCCCCUGUCAUCACGUACCUAAAGAAACUAGGGUACAAGUUCUAAGAGAUAGAAUUUGAGCUUGUGAAGGAGCCCUGCAGGAAGCUGUAAAAAAAAUUAAUAUUGCAUAUGGGAGAGUUUGAAAUAUACUGUAGAAAUAGAUAUUCGGAGGAGUUCAGUAAACUGGAGGAAGACAGUCUGCAAAGUUAAACAAGCUAAAAUUACUACUGUAACCCUGACCUGUUUAGCACCUUUCUAUUCUCAUGCCAAUGCUGUAACCACUAGUUUGUGCCCAUAUGACCUGAGAUGUGGAGGGUUUUCUGAGAGUUAAAAUUAAUGUAUAACUUGCUUUUGCAGACACUGAGUGCAUUGUGCUUUCUGGUGACACAGUUACAUAGGGCUUUUCAGAAAAAAUAAUGGGUUUGAGGAAAAUAAUGACAAGGCUUUUGAUUAUGUACUAUUGUAUAACAAGGAAAUGUGUAAUCAAUAAAAGACUGAGGUGAACUCAGAGAGAGACCCUGAAAGCUGUCUCUGAGCACAGCCUCAGAACGACAAUGAGUUACUGUCAGUUUGCAC